AUGUUCGCCAGAAAGAAACGUGGUCGAAGCAAUAAGGCUCGUACAGCACCCAGUAGCCAAAUCCCAUCCUCGUCAGCUGAAGAGAGGGCCCAGUCUGUGAGUCCUCCCACUUUACCUGAAGAUAAGGCUCAGUCCAUCACCCCACCCACUCCAGAUAAAUGUCCGAUAUCCAUUCGGGUUGGGGGACGCGGCGUGACUCUGGGCAUCGUUGGUCUGGGCAUCGUUGGUCUGGGCAUCGUUGGUCUGGGCAUCGCUAGUCUGGGCAUCGCUGGUCUGGGCAUCGCUGGUCUGGGCAUCGCUGGUCUGGGCAUCGCUGGUCUGGGCAUCGCUGAUCCUGGCAUCGCUGGUCCUGGCAUCGUUGGUCUGGGCAUCGCUGGUCAGGGCAUCGCUGGUCUGGGCAUCGAUGGUCUGGGCAUCGCUAGUCUGGGCAUCGCUGGUCUGGGCAUCGCUGAUCCUGGCAUCGCUGGUCCUGGCAUCGUUGGUCUGGGCAUCGCUGGUCAGGGCAUCGCUGGUCUGGGCAUCGCUAGUCUGGGCAUCGCUGGUCUGGGCAUCGUUGGUCUGGGCAUCGCUUGUCUGGGCAUCGCUGGUCUGGGCAUCGCUGGUCUAGGCAUCGCUGGUCUGGGCAUCGCUGGUCUGGGCAUCGCUGGUCUGGGCAUCGCUAGUCUGGGCAUCGAUGGUCUUGGCAUCGCUAGUCUGGGCUUCGAUGGUCUGGGCAUCGCUGGUCUGGGCAUCGCUAGUCUGGGCAUCGAUGGUCUGGGCAUCGCUAGUCUGGGCAUCGCUUGUCUGGGCAUCGCUAGUCUGGGCAUCGCUGGUCCUGGCAUCGCUGGUCUGGGCAUCACUGGUCUUGGCAUCGCUGGUCUGAGCAUACCUGGUCUUGGCAUCGCUGGUCUGGGCAUCGCUGGUCCGGGCAUACCUGGUCCGGGCAUCGCUGGUCUGGGCAUCGCUAGUCUGGGCAUCGCUGGUCUGGGCAUCGAUGGUCUGGGCAUCGCUGGUCUGGGCAUCGCUGGUCUGGGCAUCGCUGGUUUGGCCAUCGCUAGUCUGGGCAUCGCUGGUCCUGGCAUCGUUGGUCUGGGCAUCGCUGGUCAGGGCAUCGCUAGUCUGGGCAUCGCUAGUCUGGGCAUCGCUGGUCUGGGCAUCGCUGGUCUGGGCAUCGCUGGUCUGGGCAUCGCUGGUCUGGGCAUCGCUAGUCUGGGCAUCGCUGGUCUGGGCAUCGCUGGUCUGGGCAUCGCUAGUCUGGGCAUCGAUGGUCUUGGCAUCGAUGGUCUGGGCAUCGCUGGUCUGGGCAUCGGAAGUCUGGACAUCGAUGGUCUUGGCAUCGCUAGUCUGGGCAUCGCUGGUCUGGGCAUCGCUAGUCUGGGCAUCGCUGGUCUGGGCAUCGAUGGUCUUGGCAUCGCUGGUCUGGGCAUCGCUGGUCUGGGCAUCGCUAGUCUGGGCAUCGCUGGUCUGGGCAUCGCUGGUCUGGGCAUCGCUGGUCUGGGCAUCGCUGGUCUGGGCAUCGCUGGUCAGGGCAUCGCUAGUCUGGGCAUCGCUGGUCUGGGCAUCGCUGGUCUGGGCAUCGCUGGUCUGGGCAUCGCUAGUCUGGGCAUCGCUGGUCUGGGCAUCGCUGGUCUGGGCAUCGCUGGUCUGGGCAUCGCUAGUCUGGGCAUCGAUGGUCUUGGCAUCGAUGGUCUGGGCAUCGCUGGUCUGGGCAUCGCUAGUCUGGACAUCGCUGGUCUGGGCAUCGCUGGUCUAGGCAUCGCUAGUCUGGGCAUCGCUGGUCUGGGCAUCGCUGGUCUGGGCAUCGCUAGUCUGGGCAUCGCUGGUCUAGGCAUCGAUGGUCUUGACAUCGCUGGUCUGGGCAUCGCUGGUCUGGGCAUCGCUAGUCUGGGCAUCGCUAGUCUGGGCAUCGCUGGUCUGGGCAUCGCUAGUCUGGGCAUCGAUGGUCUUGGCAUCGCUGGUCUGGGCAUCGCAAGUCUGGGCAUCGCUGGUCUGGGCAUCGCUAGUCUGGGCAUCGCUGGUCUGGGCAUCGCUAGUCUGGGCAUCGCUGGUCUGGGCAUCGCUAGUCUGGGCAUCGCUGGUCUGGGCAUCACUGGUCUGGGCAUCGCUGGUCUGGGCAUCACUGGUCCUGGCAUCGCUGGUCCUGUCAUCUCUGGUCUAGGCAUCGCAUGUCCUGGCAUCGCUUGUCUGGACAUCGAUGGUUUGGGCAUCACCGGUCUGUAUCUCUGA